UUUUAAAGGAAAGCCAGGAAGCCCCAACAAGAAGACACCUCCAUAGAUAUUCUUGUCCAAGAAAAACAACAUAAUGAAAUAGUAAAGAUACCAUCCUAUCUUUAAUUCUUGCUUUACCACCAUUAUUGUCCAUUCUCUGGGUCCCCCAUUCCUCCCCACAAAUACAAUAAAACCAAAAGGUGAUUAAAAUUCAUCAAAACAAAAACCUACCAUCACUCAAUAUCUUUCAUCCAACAUUAAACAAAGCUUAUCAAUCACUCACUUGUCCAACACAAGAACAGGAACUACAUCUUUUCUAGUGGGUGCCAUCUUUUUCUCAUGUCAUACUUGACAUGCAUGAAAGACAUAACACCAAUUAUAGGAAGCAAAAAGUUAUUAUUACUUACAAUUUUCAAUCUGCGGUUUUCUUUCUUUUUUUUUGUACCAAAGAUGAAACAAUUGAUAAAUAAUUGGCAAGUGAAAAUUUGGUAAGUGUAUACAUGGUUGGUCCUUGGGGACAUUGUCUUGCCAGCUCUCAUAUAACGAAGCAGUAAAAUAUUGGCUAAACUUAAUGACUAAGGAAAAAUAUUCUGGACUGUCUGCAAUAGUAAUGGGAACUGCCAGCUUACCUUCGUUUUGUUCUGUACGUUUGUGGUUAAAUGCUUUCCUAGUUCAUACUCCGGUAAUCAGCUUAGGACACAGUCACCAAACCUAGAAGUCAUAGGGAAAAUUAGUUUGUUUAGUGAGUGAUACGACAACAGAAGGCUUGUGGGAAGCAGUGCAAAUACUUGAUUUGGAAGAUCAAGAAUUUGACCAUGAAUGCAACUCUCUUGUUGGUUUGUCAACCCGGAAUUUCUUAAAUACUCCAAAAGGAAUCGUGUAAAGGCGUUCUCAUUUGAGGAUAGCAAAGGAGCAGAAAGAUGAAAGUGGGGAAUCCUAAGCUUGAUAAGGGCAACAGUAAAGAUGACAUAAGCAUUGUCCCCCUGGAAAGACCCAAAGCAUCGCAGGGUGGGGUCAAUGACUUGAAAUGAGAUGAAAUAAAUAAAAACAAAACAACAUCAAGCCUCAUACUCUCCAUUUAUUUCUCUUCUCUAAGGUUGAUCUAACUCUUCAAACCAUACCAUAUUUCUUUUAAGCCUUUGCAUUCCUUUCAGCUUUCCUUUGACGCCCUACCUAAUUGUGAAUUACAGAUCAGAAAUGAUUUUCGAAAGAGAAGAAGCGGCUGAAGCUGGAAGUAUAUCUACAAAACAACAAAGCGAGCUAAGAAUUAAUGAGGAUAGCAAUGAAGCAAUUGAAGAGGAGAAUCCAGGAGACUGGUUGAACCUCAGAGUAGGUGGGAAUUCACUAUCAUCAACAGCUGGAGACUCUGACCCCCAAUCAAGACCAGUUUCUGCCAAGGUUUUCUCAUGUAACUUUUGCAUGAGGAAGUUUUACAGUUCCCAAGCCUUGGGUGGCCACCAGAACGCCCACAAGAGGGAGAGAGGUGCAGCCAGGAGAUACCAAUCCCAGAGGAUGAUGUCGAUGAUGGGUUUGCCAAUUAGAUCGCUUGGAGUCCGACCCCAUUCCCUAGUGCAAAAAACAAGCAGAGAUGGAGCUGCAAGUGUAGCAAGAUUUAAUGAUACUUAUACAGGUUUUGGAAUGGCAGCGAUGCACUGUACGGUAGAUGAUGCAAUGGAUUUUAUGUGGCCAGGAAGCUUCCGCUUGGAUUCUCAACUGCCCAAACCACCAUCAGACCCAGCCAAGCUCGACUUGAAUCUUCGACUCUAAUCCAUCUACUCUCCUUUGUCUAAGUUUGGAAGUCCGUUUUAGUACUACCUCUUAUCUUGGAAACAGUUCCUUGACUUGUUCAGCCAUCAGGUACAGAUACUAACUCAGUUAGAGAGUCAGAGUGCGGCUCUGCCUAACAACUAGAAGAAACGACAAGGAUAUCCUUUCACUGUCCAUCGGUAUUUAGUUAGUAGUAUGUUUAUUCCUUUUUCUGCUUCCAGCUUCUUCAGAGUCCAAGAUCAGCCUAAGAGAUUGUGGGUUCUUCUUUUUUUCUCUUGUAUCAGUUGCAUCUCUUGACAAGAACCAUAGAAUUAAAAUAUCCCUUUAAUUUCAUUUCCUCCUAAUUUCUCCAUGCCUAAAUAAAUUCUGAUAUUUCAUACUAACUCACUGAAAUAUAAUCAAGUUUUUUGA